AUGAAGUCGGCGCUCUUCCAGAGUUUCUUUCGGAGACUUUACUCGACUGAAGUUCGCGCGCAUGGGAUUGGUGUCCUCAGAAAUCCCUGUACGAACAAGGUAACACUGUAUGGUGCAACGUGCCUACGCUAUACUCGAUGCCUCUGUCUUUUGUCGGUGAUCAUAUAGGAUCUUAGUUGCAAAUAAGGUCAUGAGGUUAGAUGCAUCUAACCUCAGCUGAUUGCGAUUUCGGGAGUGUGUUCUGCAUUUAAUAAUUGGAUUGGGAGAAGUCCCCUAGUUGUGCUACGAUUUCUGUUCAUAUUUACCUUUAUAUUCGCAAGAUGUAAGGAACCCGUCUGUCUUGUAGUCUACAUGUAUUUAGUUUUCUGUGAAUUUAAAAUUAUUUUUGGACUCCACAUUCGUGCUUGCGACCGUCCUAAUGCUGCCUCAUGCACUAGGUUCACCGCUGUCAUUUCAAUAUCGUCCUCAGUGGGCGUCGUAUUUUGGGAGGGAAGCAUUAACAGUGCUACCUUAAUAACUUGAAGACGAAAAUUGCUUGCAAAAGGUAGUGAAUAGCCCUCCCAAGCAUGAUAAAUAGGACUGCAGUCUCCUUGAGCAACUGUUCAAGAAGCAUCCCGACUCACCAAUGGUUACCGUUGUCUCGGGAGUCGCAAAAACGCCUUUUUACAGUUUCAAGUUGGAGCAUUGAAGGUCUCCUGUUACUAUUGCUCCUACCUGCUUAUCGUCAAGCAGGUUAGAGCAUGCCACAGAUUAGAUGCAGGCCUUGAGAGCGCCAAUCAGUGAGGCUAAAAGACCCACUGUCCUACCAUAGGACGCAUGAACUUGCUUGUCAUGUCUGUUGCAGUUUCGAUCUUGUCAGUUAGGCGGGAAGGUUACUCGCGUCAUGCAACGGAAGGGAGCGAUAACACAUCGCAAGCCGAGGCCGUUUCGUAACACCAAGCCAAGCUCUGCGCAACGGGUAGUAACUAUGUGAGUCACCACUUUGGGUCAUUUCUGAGACUGGUAAUCCAUCCUUAAAUUCAAACCUACUGGCUUAUGCUAAGACUGCCUGGGUGGUUAACUCAACCACAGGGAGAAGGAAUGGAUUUACGACACGCGAUUGACUGCUUUAUUGGACGGGGGGUCCUGGCCAGAAUCGCUCAAAUUAUGAGCAAAUGCAAGCAAGAUUUGGCGACUGGCGACCCUGACACGGUCUGUAACUCUCGUCCUCGGCUAAACAGCAAAUGCAUCCUAUAAAUACGACACAUGUGUAUCUAUUGUCUGUGUCCGAUCGUGAAUAAAAUUUGUUGCGCCUAAAAUCCUUGUUCUACUGAUGUACUCCUAACUCGUCAGUAAUUAUGUGGAAGAAGCCCGGGCUUAGUAUUCCUAAUUGCGAAUAUUGUGAUUACCUAGUUGUCUUGGGUCAUGUAGUUCUUUACGUUUACUUGGGCGCCUCUUCGAGAGGCCCAUUUAGAGGACUUGAGAUAAUCCAUAUAUCUGUCUGUGUUAACGCCUUAACAUAUUGAUUCUAGUAGAGGACAUUUAAAACUUCGCGUUGUUUACUUGCAUGCUUAACUUCCGUUUAAAAAGCUCCAACCACACAAUAAUUAUAUUGCUAGAACUCACCCCCUACUUGCACAGUCCCGCCGAAGAAGCCUCCCAUUUGAAACGUAAAUUGCAAGCCUUUCCAUGCUUAAACAAGUUUUCAGUAUACUUCUCCAACUUAACAUCUGCUUUAGGGAACUGCCUUCCCCAUACGUGAGCGUCAACUUCUCGGAAUUCAUGGGCUUCUCCCACCCGUGGUGUGUGAUUUGAACAUGCAGGUUAAGCGAAUGAUCGCGAAUCUCAGACGCCUGGAGGACGAUUUGCAGCGUUAUAUCUUCCUCAUUGGUCUUCAAGACCGUAAUGAAACGCUUUUUUACAAGGUAAAACAUUAA